GUCGAUCGCGUACGUGUGUUUGCGUAACUUCGGGUCUUUCCUCUCUCGGCGGUUCCGGGACGAACGAUCCGAGAUCUUUUUUUCGGGAGUCCCGAUGGUUUUUGAUGUUAGGGGUCUUAAAUCUGAAGUCCCCAACUGUUUGACGGGUCGCGGUAGGUCGCCGCAUAGACGCACUUGUUUUAAUUGGUGUUGUGAAUUGGGGUCCUAAAGUGCGCGAUCGAUUGGGACCUCUUUUUUGACAGUCGCCGUCGUCGUCUUGGUCGUUCCUUCUCGCUCGCUCGCGCUCCCGUUCGUGUAUUCGCGCAGUGUUGGUUUUAUGGUCGUUGAUGGGUGAAAGUUUUGAUUUUGGCUUGUCCCAAGGGUCAACAAAUUUGGCAGUGACGCGGGAGCCCUUCACCCGUCGGUGUAAUGUUGAUGUGCGUUUGCAACUUGGCUUGUGCAAUACGGUGUCUUUAGACGCGCAAGUGAUCUCGGCGCAGCUCUUCAAAACUGCGACCUUCUUCUUUUGUUUUAUGGUACGUGUGUGUGUGUCUGCAUGUGUGAGCAAUAGCGCAAAAUUUACGGUGUUUUGGCCGCGAAACGGCCAAGAUCAACCGUGUCAGACGGAAGAAAACGAAAAAGGAAAACAAAAACAACGGCGUAUUGUUGUGCGCGCCUGCUUCGUAGUGUAUUGUCGUUUGCAUUCGUCGUCGUCGUCGUCGUUGGCGGCGCACUUGCUUUGUUGACGAAUCGCGCAAAGUGCACGUAUUGGUGUCAGUGUUGUGUUCUUUUCACGUCGGUGUGUUGUGCUACCUGCACGGUGCUACCUCUGUAGGAAGUAGGAAAACGUAUUUGACACAGCGCAGCAGCAGCAGUAGUGGUGGUGAAGGUGGCGUUCGUCGCUGUUGCCGAAGGAGAAUAAUAACAAAAAAGGAAAUUUGCACACAGCAAGUUGCUCGCAAGUUGUCAUCGCAAACGAAGGGAGGAAAACAACAACAAAUGCGCAGCAAAACGAUUCAACUAAAUGUUGGAAGGGUGAAGUGGCGGAAAGGCGGUGGAAGUACAAUACCCGCAGCGGUUGCGUUUCUUUUUCUUCACGUGUAAGAACAUCACCACAGCCGCCGACCACGCUGCCAUGAAUUAUCAUCGCUUUGAAAGCAUUUUGGCCGCGGCGGGCCCGUUCGAACUUGCCUCGCCGACCUCGUCCUCGCCGUGCGGCCUCAUCCAGGACGUGACCACAACCGAUGGCCUACCGGAAGAGGCCGUCGCCGCCGCCGGCCACGAUAAUGACAGCUUCCAACCCUUUCGGCGCGCCCACUCGAUGCGGUCCUCGUUCACGUCCCUGCGUGGCCUCAGAACGCGCCUAAAACAGCCCCCGACGGUCGCGGCCACCAAGUACAGCCCACUGCUAUCGCCCGGACGGUGCUCCAUUGCGGCAGACCACCAUCAACAGCAACAUCAACACCAACAUCCAACUCCCACACUGACCACGACGGCCGCUGCGCUGGCCAAAGCAAACGUCAAGGCCAAACUGCUGCGCCUGAAGGAGACCUACGCCGAGUUCCGCCGGAUGCAAUCGUCCUCUAGUCAGGUGGCGAACCUACCCCCACCCACCGUCGUUGAUCUGCAAAAGUGCUGCAGUGCCAACUUUAAAAUUCCGGAAAAUAUGCCGCCCAAAGCGGCGGCCGUCCUUCUUGAAGGUGGUUCCAGUGCCCGGACGGCGGGACGGCGUGCCGUCCAGCGGACACAGUCGCUGAAGGUGGCGGUGGCAUCGGCGGAACCACCCCGGUAUGGGGCCACCAUUGGCGGCGGCGGUGGAGGCGGUAGUUUGCGAAAAAGUGUAACGGGCAGUGGCAAGUUGAGCGUGCGGAAGACGGUUAGUGUUCCUCCGGUCGAACAGAAACAGCAGCAGCAGGUUGGAGCAGAAGACAGCGGUGAGGACAAGGAUGGACAAUGUUUGAAAGUGGCCAGAACGGCCACCAUCCGGAGAAGCUCGGUGUGGGCGAAUAGCAGUAGCAGUAAAAUCAGUCUUCCGGAUCUGGUGAGUCGCUCGUUGGCCAGCGUUGCCCUCCCGGACUGCAACGUGCUGUGUCCUACGCCGAACCGACACCGCUCCACCAGCGGCAACGAUGUCCAUUUAGAAGACUGCGAAGCGCCCCCAUCGCUCCCGAUCUCUCCGUCCCCUUCGGUUCUGACCGUUCCAGACCUCGCGUACGAAGAUGAGCGCCACGCCCAAAAGGGCCUAAGCCGCAUGACCAGUGCCAGCUCGCCGAAUCUCGCCCAGGUUCGCACCACCAUGGAGUACCUGUUGCCCCACCAGCAGCAUCCACCGGGGUCCCAACCACCGGCGCCCCCCUCCAAGCGCCAGAUCUCACCGAAAAUUUCCAAGAAAACGCGCCACCUCUCGACCAGUUCCGCCGAUGGAGACACCGACGUUCACCAGCACCACCUGCACCGGGUCGUGAGCCCGAAGACCAUGCUGAACACCCGGAUCGCCAGCCUGGUCGAGACGAACAACAAUAAAAAUGCCCACAACGGGAUGGGUGGCUCGGUUGAUGUCCUCGCUACGACCGCCAAGCUGAACAUUGACGGAAUCACGAUCAAUUCCCACCAGCAACAGCAGCAGCAGCCGCACCAUCCCUACUGGAAGCACCGGAUAUCGAAAAAGCAGAACAAACUCGCCCAGGCACAGCUCGAUAAGCUGACACAGAUUAAUAUCCAUUUGCAUGCCCUCUUUGCUGCGGUCGAGCACGGCCACCUGGAGAAGGCCCGGACGAUCCUGGAGAGUACCGACGUGGACGUCAACAGUCUGAACAGCGACGGCCUGUCGCCGCUGGACGUGGCCGUGCUGAGCAAUAACCGCUCGAUGACCAAGAUGCUGCUGCAGCAGGGCGCCAUCGAGAAUGCCCACACCAUACAAGCGGCCAACAAUAACGUGGGGCUGCACCUGAACAAUCUGCUGUGCGAGGCGGAAGCCACCAUCCACGAGCUGGGGAACUUCGAGGCGAACCAGCAGAGUCACCAGAACCAGGGCAGCGGAGGAGGCGGCGGCGGCGGUGGUCUCGGAAGUGGAAGCACCGGCAAGACCACCUUCUCCAACAUCAUCGCGCUUAACUACAUGGUGGUGAACAUACAGAGUUGUGGAAGUGGUGGUCCGUCGGUGACGAGCUGCACGGGGAGCGAAAUCGACAAACAGGUCGGCCUGUGGGAACGCCGCGUCAAGGGCCUCCGCCGGAUGAUACUGGGCUGGGACCAGACGAAGCCGCCCGACCUGCUGAACCGGAUCGACAUCGACGUGACGGGGUGCGGUUCGGUUAGCUUGCGGCUGUACGAACCCCUGGAAGGUGCCAUAUCAACCAAAUUCAAAGUGCAAUGGUCGUCCCGGUCGGACUUUAGCAACGUAGUCGGCGAACGGGAAGUCAACGAGUGGACCAGCUUCCACGGCUGCAUGGGCGCCGUGUGCAGCCUGGGCGAGCUGAUCCAGGGCAGGCGGUACUUUUUCCGGGCGGCCGCCGGCAACAUCAAGGGCUGGGGCCCGUACAAGCUGUCCACGCCGAACUGCGUGGUGCCCUCCAGUUGGCGCGACGUUGAAACGCGCGAGAACCGCUUCGCCGGCAAGCAACGCAACCUGGACGACCUGUUCAACGCGGUCCGGCUGGCCCGACCCGAGGACGCCUCCGAGAUUGCACUGGACGCGACCGCGCCGGCCAAGCGUGCCAUCAAGAAGAAGACCACCAUCAAGCAGCUCUUUUCGGCGGCGUCCAAAUUUCAGAAAAAUCUCAAAAGGGGAAUCUACCUGGCCUGCGUGCUGUACCACGAGGACAAACUGCUGCUCACCAACGAGGACUUUGUGCCGGUGAUAGAGAUUGACGAAACGUUCACCAGCAAUCUGCACACCGACUUUUACUGGCUGAUGAAGGUCGCCUGCACCUGGGACGACGUCAGGCUGCUGCGGGUAGACAUGGAGCGGAACGCGUCCUCCGCAAUCCACUUCAGGACGAAGCUGCUGUCGGCCGCGUGCCAGAUGCAGUCCGCCCUCUCCAUCACAGAUCUCGGUCAAUUAUACUACAAGCCCCUGCGCGACGUGCACGGUACCGUCGUGCUAUCCUGCGUAAACUGUAUAAAGAGCCCCAAAAGUAUAUCAGUAUUAAACUCGCGCUGGAUCCCGCUGAACAAAAUCCACAAAAAGUUGGCCCUCUCGACGGAGGACAGCAGCAUCAACGAGCUGCUGAUGAACUCGAUUCAGGACCAGAUCAACUACCACCAGGUGUCCAACAUCCGGCUGCCCCGUGGCCUCUACGUCGGCUAUCUCAAGAUGCAGAGCUCGGUGGACGUGAUUCAGGUGGUGGUGCCGGUGAAGGCACCCAACGUGCUACCCCACUGCAAGAUCCGGGACAACCCGCACGUGUCGGCCGAGGAAUGGGAGCUGAUCAAGCAGCACAAAACUUCGAGCAUCCUGGAGUUCCGGCCCAAGAGCCAGGGCCCGACAGAGGUGCAGCUGCACUUCCUGGAGAUCCUCACGAAGGCGGUGCACAACCUGUUCCAGUACAUGGACAUCCCGGUGGACGUGGCCGUGGCGCACCGCCUCUACGACGUCGAGGUGAUCGAGCUGAACGCGGACGUUAGCUUCCUGAUCAUCUGUCCACCGGCGGAGAGCAGCUGUGCGGUUCCGGGCCAGAAGGACAUCCUGCUGCAGCGGGGGGAUUUGUUCUCGAUGCCGAUUCAGGCCUUUGAGAUGAUCCAUUUGAAGACGUACCAGAGCAGUAUUGUGCAAAAGUAUUCACGGCUGUCGUGCAUCUUGGAGUUGGACACGAUGAUGGCGAACCAUCUGCACCGGGAGGCGUUCAGCACGUCGGAGUUGCAGAAGGCGAAGGAUCGCUUGACGAAGCUGCAGGACUUGUCGACGGGGUUGAACAGCAUUUGGAAGGGGGUUCGGUGGUUGAUGGACGUGAUUGGAUACGCGAGGGAUCGUGCGAACAUGCCGGAGCUGAACAUGAAGCAGAUCUUGGACUACAAGAGUACGUACUUUGGGAAGAAGAGUUCGAGCGAAAAGAAGGGUGGAAGUGAGACUCAGCUGCUGCAACCGCCGGGAGGUACUCCACCGACGUUCCACAAGAGCAGCCCGGGGAGGGGGUCGUGGCCUGGGCCGGGAGCGGACACUUUGAUAGGACACAAUGGAUUGUUGGAUGCGGAACAUUCCAAGUCGGAGCAGCUGCUCAAGUACAACAGCCAGCGGUUUCUUAACGUGAGUAGUCACGCGCACUCGCGCAAAAACAGUGCCGAUUCGGCGUACUCCAACUCUGGAACCAGCUACUACUCGGUGAUGGGCGUUGAACCGGAGAAAGAGUUUGUCGUGCCACGGUUGCCACCGUCUCGGUCGGAGGACACUCUGGUUGACAAGAAGAAGGCUUCCGAACAGGCAAGCAGCAACAAGAAGCGACCUCCGACGAUGUACUCGAGUUAUUCGGCCACGUCCAGUCCGCUGCUGAGUGUCCGCUCGCCGUUCGUCGCGACCAUCGCCGGCGUCGCUCAUGCGGCCGCCGGAGAAGACGCCGAAAAUCGCAGUCUACCCACCGUCGUUCCGCUCAAGGUCAGCAAGAAACCUCGCGAGCAACCCCUAAAAGCGGUCAACCAAAUCGAACCCGACUACGAACCCAUCGUUACCACCUACCUGAAGCCGACGUUGACUGCGCUACAAAACGAAGCCAAAGGUUACCAAACGGCCCUGCACAUUAUCGAGGAUCAACCGAAGCCACCGCAGCCCAUCACCACCAUGCUCAAGCAGCUUCCGCCGGACGUGCUCGACCACCGGACAAUCGCCUCGGAGGCCGCCACCGUACCCGAUCUCACCCGACGUCCCAUCCCACCGAAAACAGCAUCCACAUCCGAGCCCACCUCGAGCAGCAGCGAAUCAACGGACGUCGCCGCCGCAGCUGCCGCCGGUGUCACCGCCCCAACUCCCCUCACCACCAGCAUCGUGCAGGUGUACGCCGCGUACGAGACGGGUCUGCCGAGCGGAACGUCGCUCAAGCUGCGCGUUACGCAGAAAACGACGGCCCGCGAGGUGAUCGACCUGGUCGUCAAGCAGCUCAACAUGGCCGUCGUGCUGAAGGGCAAGGAGGGUCCGAUCUACGCCCAGGACAAGCUGGACAGCUUCUGUCUGGUGGCGGUCAUCGGGGCGCGGGAACGCUGCCUGCGCGAUGACUUCCGGCCGCUGCAGCUGCAGAACCCCUGGAAGAAGGGCCGGCUGUACGUGCGGCAAAAGCACGAACUGCUGGCGGCGAUCGAGCACUCCAAUCGGGACACGGCCGACAUUUAGUAGAGCGAUUCGCUACGAAUUGUGCGUGUGUGUGGAAGGAUUUUUGCAUUUGGUUGAAGCUUUGUGGGCAAUUUUACGUUAUUAUUGAUUUUCAAACAUCUUUAAAAUUAUGUUUUUUUUAAUACCGACAGUUUGAUUAAAUAAUCAAAUAAAAUCAUGAUUAUUUUUUAAUAGAGGAAAUGCAUGUAUUCCAAUUUUAAGAAAAUACUAUUUUUUAAAUAAUUGACAAAGUAACCAUAAACAAGUGAUUUUGAAAUUGUUCAAAAGUAUCGCACAAAAUUUCAACCAAACCAAAAAUCCACAACAAAAAAUUUAAUACCAAAAUUGCAGAUUUCGUAGAGGAUCGCCCUGUAGGUACAAAUCGUACAGUUCAAUAGCAGUAUGUAUAAAGAGUGGAAAACUAAAAAAAAUCAAACGAAAGUGAAAGACACCGAUGUGAUAGAACUUAUAUUUUAUAAAAGAAAAAAAGAAAUACAAAAACGAGUAGACUAGUGGAAAUCUUGAGCUCUCUCUCUCUCUCUCUCUCUCUCUCUCUCUCUCUCUCUCUCUCUCUCUCUCUCUCUCUGUAUUUUGAAAAUUUCUAUAAACGUGAAAAAAUCCAAAACGACACGACGACGAGGAAAACAAUCUUCAAAAUUAUCGAUACCAAAAAGAAUCACAAAAUUUCAACAUUUCGACGGUAACAUUUCAAAAGGCAUCAUGUACAUUUUGACACUUUCUGGGUUAUUGCAUAUUCUGAAAGUACUCCUAAUAAGCUACCUCUCCACCAAAAAUGAGCAAAAGUUACUUCAGUAAAGUCUGUUUAAUCAUGAUUUUAAAUAAAGUAACAUAAACAAAAUCUCUGCCAUCAGCAGUCCCUGUUUAUAUAGCCCUGUCAACCUGUCAAACAAAAGGCUACAUGAACCUCGUGUCGAAAAAAAAGCAACAUGAACAAAGCGCCAUGUACAUUCGGCGAAGAAAAACGAAUCAUAACAAAGCUUCCCCUUCAAUGACAGCAGGGUGAUAUAGACGUUGGUGAUUUCAAAAGAAGUUAUGUUUGUUUUUCUUAAAUAAAACGACGGAAAUAAUGUUUUAUUGAAUUUGGAUGAUCAAGUAUCAAUAAAAGCAACGUUUUUCAUCGUUUGUUAUCAUUACAACAUCUUAUUUUGCUUUUAUAUUAAAAUUUGUACAUGAUGCUUUUUGAAAUGUUGGCGUCGAUUUGUAGCCGUGUUUUAAAGUGAAAAACUUAGAUAAACUAGGUGAAAGUGUAGGGCAACAAGGUAUGUGUGUGUGUGAAUAUCUUUCAAAGAAAUGAUAGGCCAGACAAUUAGCAUUCAGAGGUUAUAUUAUAGACGAUUUUUAAUCAAUGUAAACGAUGGCUGAUGUAACGGAAAGUAAAACUGUUGUUAUUUAAAUAUAUACGGUGAGAAAUGAAUAAAUUGCGGGCAGAUCAAUGUUGUUAUCAUAAAGUAAACCUGAAUGUUUCGCCCUAACAAGCAGAGAGAACAAGCUCAAUCAACUAAAAAGACACUAGAUUUUAGUAGAACUCAAUCCACCUAAACGAAGCGAAGUGAUUUUGGUUUCUUCUGGAGUUGUAGGGAAAAAACUGAAUAAAUUAAAUGGUUUAGUGAGAAACCAUUCUCCAAGCGAGCUUAGUUUGUCCAUCACCUUGAAUUUUCAAAUGGAACGAAAAAUGUUAAAAUAGUCCAACAAUGGCAGAAGAGCAACAAACAGCAUUAAAUCCUGUGACGAAUGGCAUAAGACAAUUUAAGUUAAGUUGUGUACAUAGAGAUAUAAAAUGAAGUGAAAAGUAAUGUUAAACAUAACAGGAAAAAAUCCACACCAACACAUACACACGGUAGAUAUUACACAAAAAGAAAGAGAUAAAACACCUAAAUACUGAUAAUACUGGUAAACGAAAAAAAAGAAACAAAAAUCCCAUUACCCACAAACAAGAUGGAACUAAAAUCUUAAAGAUGCACCGAACAGAUUCUCUAUACAUGUUGAACAUAAAAAAAUA